UAAAUAGUUUCUAGAUCCCCAUUUCACGCAGGUUUGUGCUUGGUAUUCCAGGUCAUUGAUCUAGAAACUUUCGAAAUUCUAAUUCAAUUCACCGCACAAAGACAGGAGAAGAAGAUGCACAUAGAUGAUUCAUGACCAUGUCUUAAUAUUGAUUACCUGGAUAUUGGCUCAAACCAGCGGAUUAUUUACAAAAAUGGCAGCUUUAAAAGUAGUGUGUUUUGUUACGUUUCUUCUCUCGGUUUGCUUUAUUGUAAAUGGACAGAAAAUGUUUCAACCACAUGCAAAAUGCCAACUGAUAUCGAUUCCUCUGUGCAAAGAUUUGCCGUAUAAUUAUACGAUCAUGCCAAAUCUAUUGAACCAUCAAAAACAAGAAGACGCCGGAUUAGAGGUGCAUCAAUUCUUUCCUCUUGUGAAGGUCCAGUGCAGCCCUAAACUGAAAUUUUUCUUGUGCACAAUGUAUGCACCCGUGUGUACAGUGCUAGAAGAGGCUAUUCCACCCUGUCGCUCUAUGUGUAAUGAGGCUAGGAAUGGAUGUGAAUCAUUAAUGAAUAAAUUUGGAUUUGAAUGGCCGGACAGUUUAAAAUGUGAAAAAUUUCCGGAGAGUGGUAUGUGUGUUGGAGAAAAUAGAACUGAUCCAGUGGAGUCUACACCCCAUCCUCCUGAUGGAAAUGGAGGUGGGAAUGAUCGCGAUGAACAUUUUCCAGGAUUUAUUCCUGAUGAUGAAGAAAAUAAGUAUAGACCAGGGUACGGGGGAGACCACAAGGGUGAUGUGGUCAACUCCUACAAAACGUGUCCCAUAAAAUAUCGUAUUUCUCUAGGAUUUGACUACCGCUUAAAAGUUGGAUCUACAGUGUACCCGGAGUGUGGUGCCCCAUGUGAAAACAUGUAUUUCAAUGAACACGAGCGACACUUUGCCAAAUUAUGGAUAGGUGUUUGGUCAAGCAUAUGUUUGGCUUCUACACUGUUCACUGUCUUAACCUUUUUCAUUGACAUGACCCGCUUUCGUUAUCCUGAACGUCCAAUCAUAUUUUUGUCUGGAUGUUACUUCAUGGUUGCUCUAGCAUAUGUAAUUGGAUUUUCUCUUGACAAAGAGGCAGCAGCAUGCAACAGAUUUAAAAACAGACCAGAAACGGUGCUUAUAACUACACAAGGAACUAAAAAAGAAUGGUGUACUAUUCUUUUCAUGAUGAUGUACUUUUUCAGCAUGGCCUCCUCAAUUUGGUGGGUCAUUUUGACCUUGACCUGGUUCCUGGCAGCAGGAAUGAAAUGGGGUCAUGAGGCUAUAGAGGCCAACUCCCAAUACUUCCAUCUUGCUGCUUGGGCAGUGCCUGCCAUCAAAACCAUUGCCAUUUUAGCCAUGGGUCAAGUGGAUGGGGACACACUUAGUGGGAUUUGUUUCACUGGAAUUUUCGAUGUGGAUGCACUGAGGGGAUUUGUGUUGGCCCCAUUAGUUGUAUAUUUAUUAUUAGGAACUUCUUUCUUAUUAGCUGGAUUUGUUUCGCUCUUUAAAAUCCGCACCAUUAUGAAAAGUGAUGGAACAAAAACAGACAAGCUGGAAAAAUUAAUGGUCCGUAUUGGAAUUUUUUCAGUAUUAUACACUGUGCCAGCUACCAUUGUAAUUGCAUGUUACUUUUAUGAACAAGCAUCUAGAGACACUUGGAUGUUACAUUGGUUUACAAAAGAGUGUUUAGCAUCCUCAACAGAUGCUCCUCCCGAAGGCAUUGAACUGCUGAAGUCCGGGGACAAACCAUGGCCUGACUUCAAUGUGUUUAUGAUCAAGUACUUAAUGACUGUCAUUGUCGGAAUUACCUCAGGGGUUUGGAUUUGGACUGGAAAAACCCUCAGUUCAUGGAAGAGGUUUUAUGCCAAAAUUUGUGGGUCUAACAAACGUGAAAGUAACGUGUGAAAACCUUCUUUGGAUGGAAAGCAAAAUGAAAACCUUAGUGGACUUCAUUAAAAUUUACAGAUCUAUUGUAAAUUGAUUGAGAAGCAUGUUGUCAGUGAAAUGCUGUAAUAUGUUGACUUACUAAUUUGUACACCUUCCAAAGAUGCCAUUACAUAGCUCUCUUGAGAAUUUAAGUUGAAUUCAUCAGGUGAAAAAUUCAAUUAUGUGAAUACUUGCUGCAUGAGUGACUGUGCUAAAAUAAUUUAACUGCCAUAAGAGUACACAUUCAGCGAUAAUGUACAUGUGUGUGAGAUUGUUCAUGUGUAAUUGUCUCAAGUUUAUAUAUUAAUUUGUGUGGUAAAUGAACAUAUGCAUCUUGUAUCUCUUUUAAGUUCUUUUCAUGUGCCAAAAUCUGUGUUAAAAUAGGAAAAUGAAAAAAAAAAAAGUUUUGUGAUUUCUAGCUUGAUAAUUGCAUGAACAAAAAUAUUUUGAAUUAUGUAAUAUAUUACUUUUUUUAUCAUUGAUACAGUUUGAACAAAUGGAAAAUGCAAAUAAUUUGGUAUUCAAAUAAUUUGGUA